AUGGCGAGGUUUGUCCAAAUCAGUGUCGAUGAUGUAGAAAGGUUCAAUGAGGAACACGAAAACGAAAAUACGAGAAAAAGAAGUUCUACGACACAAAAGUGUUCCUUGACGGUUUUUGGUGGCCGAAGGUGAACGUAGAAAAAUCAAAGAAAUCCCCCUGAAUGAGUUGAAGAACCUGGCAAAAAGGUUUGUCUUAAGUGUCCGAGAAAAAAAAGAACGGCGAAGUGUUUUGACAGUGUUUAUUAAAACUUUUGCUUGUUGGAAACAUUUUUCAUAAUUAUUUUUCAAUAAUUACCUGAUGUAUCUUUCAUAUAAAUAUGUUUGUGUAUGCAGUUAGGCUACUAUCAUACAUGCAUGGCCGUAAUAAACACAAUUUGCUUUUGGGCGUGAAAUUUCACAAUUUUUUGCUUGGGACUAUAUAAUAAACAGAACAUUACACGGCGGCUUGAAGAUAUGACUUUUAUCUUCUCGUGUUAAAAACAAUAUUUUACACACUCACUGCGCUCGUUCGUAAAAUAUUCGGUUUUCACCACUCGAAGAUAAAAGUCAUAUCUUCGCGCCGCCGUGUAAUAUCCUCUAUGUAAUACACGCUUGUAAAUAAGUUUAAUUCUGAAGAUGUUGUGAACAAUACAACGAAACGUUAGCCAAUAAAUUUUAUAUUUUGUCAUGUCUUGUCUUGUCUUGUCUGAAAGUCGUUUGCUGGGCUUUAAUUUUCAUUUUUAAAUUACAAUAAAGCCUAUAUUUAACUGUAUUUUUGCCAUAUGUUUAUAUCUAUUAAAAAACAAACAUGGAUGCUCCAUAUAUGUGCAUGAUUUCUUAAGAUUAUCUCACAAUAGUUCACAAUGCAUGUGUGAAAAACUGAAAUUGUUGCUGAACUAGUGUUAUACUAAGGUAAAUGUUUCGCAGGAUCUAGGACUCUGGCAUCCCACUUUUAUCCACGUCCGCCAGACAGCAUCCUAAAUAUAUAUAUUCCGUUGUUCUUAAUAUUCUGAAAUUUCAACUUUCUUAACUUUGUCUUUGAAUAGGACAUUAUUUAUAUGUUGCAUGGUUGCUACUGUUGCUAAUUAUGCAAUGUACAUAAAGAGCAUGCAUCCAUAUUCUUCAAAUGAGAAAUACGUGAAUCAUAAUCAUCAUUCAUAUACUAGUAUAUAGGCUAUUGCACUACAUAUAUAUAUAUAGGCUAUUGAGUAUUGCACAAACAAUAGCAAGGGAUACAAGUAUAGGCUAUUGGCUGCACAAACAUGAUUUUAAAACAACUCAUUAAUAACUAUGAUUGUUGAUCGUUCAGUUCUGGGGCAUCUCAUUGUUUCGAUGAUCCUCCAUUACCGAUACUUCAACGACCGCGACCAACAGAACCAUCACUAUUGUUAUCUCAACUUCCUGGUGUGGUAUAUGAUGCUAAUAAACAGUGUGAAUAUCUCUAUGGCACGUCGCUUUAUAAAAAAUGUCCAGCAAAUCAGGUGAGCGUUUUAGUUGAGUUUAAUAAUUAUCUAUAUAGUUUAUAUAUUAGUUUUAUUCUUUUUUUGGCAAGUAAUAUAUAGCACUUAGUUGUUUUUGUUUCAAUUAUACCGUCAUAACAAGGGACAUAACCUAUAAUAAACUCGAUAAAGCUCUAUAAUACUAGAAUAUAAAAAUUGUUCAUUAUUUCAGUAUCAAACAUUAUUUCAGUAUCAAACAUUUUUCUUUAUGUUGCUUUCCGUUUUCUGCCAGAUUUGUUACGUACGCCUAUAAUAUAUUUCUAAUUGAAUUAUUAAUAUAAAAUUACAUUUCAAAUAUGGUUUUUAUAUCAUUCUAUAGAAUCAAUGUGAUUCUUUGUACUGUACAAAGGAUUACACACGUUGUUAUACUAAUUUUGCUCCUCCGUUGGAUGGAACUCGCUGUGGUGUCCGACAUGUACGUAUCUCGUAUCUUUACUAAUAUUGUCAUUUAAUUUGAUUUCAUUUAAACUUUAUUUAACAGGGCUAACACAUAAUAGUUUUACAGCUAAUAAACUUGUGGCCCUCAGGAUAUGUUAUGUACAUACAAAAUAUUAAACAACAUUAAAACCUGUAUAUGCUAUCUACAUAUGUAAUAUAGUGUCUAUAAAAGAUUAUCUAAAAAUGGAUUAAAAAACUUAUCGUUACGUUGAUUUCUUGUAUUGGUCUUAAGGUUCUGGUCUCUUAAAAAUGUAUAUGGAACUACAGGUUCGUAAUGUAAACCAAAUGUAGAUGAAAGCACUUGCAAUUAUUUUAUAGCCGCUCCGUUGCAUCACCGUAGAGCUAGAACCAAAGCGGACAGUGAAAAUUUAAUAACUUCCCGAACAGUUCACUUCUUGUCAAUUUAUCCUAAAUUCUAAAACGUAUCAACUUGUACAAGGGAGAAUAGAAUACAAUAGUUAUAGAAUAAAAUAGUUUAUUAAAAGUUACACUUUGCAGCUACAGAGCUGAAUUGCGUGCAAAUUACAUAAAAGUAUAGACUAUAAAAUCCUACAAUUAUUCAAGAAUAUUUACACGACAUUAUCAACUCAAUUCAAAUCUAUAUACAGUUAGCUACUAUAUAUUAAAGGUUUUAACCGACGAAGGAAAAAAGUGUUUAAAAUGUAUUUGUGUUCAAAGUAUAGUUCGUAAAAACACGAGAUUGCCUCAGGUCAUACUUUGUUUCCUGUUUAGGGGGCAAGAGAUACGCCAACUUGUGAUCAGGAAUGUUAACUAUUUCGUUAAAAAGUUUGAUACAUGCUUCUUCGCGUCUAUACUACAAAGUUUAGAAAUGCCACUAAGAGCUAAGCUAUCGUCAUAACUUAAAUUAGAAUAUAUGAUAGACAUAUAACACUUGGCAGCAAUAUUCCAAAACUUGCCUAAUACAGGCGCAAGUAAAAGUUAAGAAUAUCUGCAGUUGGAACCUUUGCACGUUUUAGUUGGACAAUGAAGUAGAACCACUUGUUCGCCUUCUUAAUAGUGUUAAGAAUAUGUUUACUCCACUUCAAAUCGCUGCUAAUAGUCAGACCAAGAAUCCUAGCGUGCGUGACAACUUCAAGUUGGUUACCACAGACUACAGCACUCUCAUGUAGCGAAGCGUGAUCAGAUCUUGUAAAACAAAACCUUAGUUCUUUACACUUGGUCUUGAAGUCAUGGAGUUUUACAUCGUGCUUGUGUUGCUUUUGCUUACAUGCAACUUCGGAAAUUGUGGUGUCGUCGAUGUAUUUCCAACAAUCGCUCUUUGGAGUUCUUAGAUCAUUAAUCAUAAGAACGAGGGCCUAGUUUUGUUCCCUGAGGUACACCAGAGGGUACGCCGCCCCACUCCGAAAAACAGUCAUUCGACAGUUUUACCCGUUGAAGUCUGUUUGAUAAAAGGUCUAAAAUCCAGAUGGAACAGAUAGUAGGAUAAUUUUUCUGUCCAAAAUGAGGUGGUCAACGAGAUCGAAUGCUUUACGGUAACAACAUUUCCAGUUCCAUCAGUAGCCUCCGACCACUUGUGCACCAUCGAGAUUAGCGCGCGAGUUGCCGAUGAGCGCGGAAUGCCCCCAAAUUGUGCUGGAUCAGCUAUAUAGAUAAAACAGCUGGGGCGACGUAUUUCUCGACUAUGAAAUCCUCGGCGAAUCUAGAUGCUGCUGAACUGAGCGAAAUUGGCCUAAGAUGUUUAUUAAUUUCACGCACAGGUUUUUCUUUUGGGAUAGGAGCGAUGUUUGCUCUUUUCCAGACGAUAGGAAGUUUUUCUUCCUGGUAAGACGCAUUCAACAAGUUGGAUAUUGGGGAUGCUAGAAUCUCCCCAUAAGCUUUUAAAAUCCAGUUUGGAAUACCAUCAGGUCAUGGUGCUUUGGACGCGUUCAGGUUCUUCAGCUUUGUUAACACUGACGCCGGAGAAGUUAUCGUUUUAACUAUACAGAUGGAGGGUCGGUGGGAAUGUCUUGAUGUAAGUUAAUUGGAUAGAUCUUCAUCGCGCAAGGGGUGGUAUGUGCUCAUAGGUUCCAGAAAGGUGCUGUUAAUUAAAUUAGCAAGUUCUUUCGACGAUAGGUGAUCAAUAUUUUCUAUUUGAAGUUGCGAUUGAAGAUUGCUGUUGUAGUUUUUCAUUCCGCUGAUACGUUUGACGUCAGACCACCAUGUCUUGGGUGUUGAUUUUUUUAAGUUACUGACUUUAGCAGCAAAGAAUUUUGCUCGUAACAGUUUCCUCUCUCUAUUCACUUUAUUGCGGUACAAUUUAAACAACUGUAAGUUUCCGGACGAAAAGGUGCGUUGGCGCAACAUUAUCAAUCGUUUAAAAUCUUUAGUAACCCAUACUAACCCAUGGUGCAUCAUUAGUGUGAAAUUUAACUUUCCGUUCCGGCAUAAUAAAGUUGAUCCCGGUGGAGAUGUCAGAAAAUAAUUCACAUUUUUCAUCACAAGUGUCUAGAUCCUCAAUCUAUUUCACUAAACGAACUCCAAUCUAUUUCACUAAAUUAACGGCCAAGCUCCAUUUUACGAGACGGUCGAGUGUCUCUUUUUAGGACAGUUCGUCGACUGGGAAGAUCUUGCGCUCUCUGCUUCGGGCAGAUGGUAAUUAUGUUGUGAUCUGACAGCCCGAAGGGGGGGGGGGGGGAGAAUUUUAACUGAUGUGGGAUCAUAAAAUUAAUUCAGAUUAGUAAGUACAAAGUCCAAUAUGUUCUAUCCACGUGUUGGACUGCGAACCAGUUGCUUUAGUUGAAAAUUGCGCUUCAAGAUCUUGAUAUCCAUCUUAUUGAAAUCAUCCGCGAUGAUAGUGGCACAACCAGGAUGUAGACCCUCGAUCUUCGUUAAGGAUUCGAAAAGAUACUCGAGAAUUUCAUGGUCGUUUGAAGAUGGAGGAUGAUAAACACAAGCAAGAAUGACGCAAGUCACACCUCUUGGUAGUCUGUUUGGUCUAGUGUGGACCCAAAGUACCUCAAAGUUUGGAUUUUCGAGCUCAUCCAAGCGUUUGCAUUUUAUCUACUCUAUAGUGUAUAUACAAACUCUAGGUUCAAGUACUUCAAGAGCGUCGUCCGAACCUUUCGCCAAAAAUCACAGUUUUGUGUUCAUUGUGGAAAUAAUCUCGUCACAAUUUCAUUCAAAGUAUUGCACGCUUAUUAUUAUACCGAUAAGAACAUAGAAUUUCUGUUUGCUCAUGUGGAACUUUCAUGUUUGCCAAGAGCAUUUCAUCAGCCCAUCACAUUUAACUACAAUAGCCCCGCGCUUUGGCAGAGCUUAGUCAAAACCUUCAUUGGACCCUUUUCUAUAACCCUUAGCAUCAAUAGUAACAUCCAGUCACGGCCCAGGAAAAUUCCAUUGUCUUUUCAUUAUUUUGAAAAUCCCACUGUUCCAUUACUGCUCAUUCAUUGCAAACAUUGGAGUUUCACAUGAGGCACAACUUUUUGUCCGUGACUGUUCACCCUGACAUAUACUGUACAUGUUUUCACGUGUUCUAAUUUCCAUUUUCCACACUAUGUUAAGUUGGCAAAACAAACUACAAUUGCGAUUAAUGUAUGCACAUGGUAUUGAUUGAUAUGGAUUGAUUGAUUGAUAAUUUAGUGGUGUAUCAAAGGUGUAUGUGUUGAUGAUGGUUCUCCACUUAUUGACGGGAAUUGGGGAGCUUGGUCUAAUUACAGUGACUGUACUAAGCAGUGUGAUAUUGGUGUAGCAUAUCAAUUACGAACAUGUGAUAAUCCGAGGUUUGUAUUGUUAGAUUUAACUAUACAUAAUACAUGGUGUAACAAAAAAAGUAGAUAAUACAUGGUGUAACAAAAAAGUAGAACAAUUCUAAAAUGGCCACUAACUGAAAAUUUUGCAAAAUUAUUGAAAAAUUUAUGUGAAUAUGGGUAUUUCAGUAUCUUUUGAUUUCUCUAACAUUAAAAUUAUUCUAAAAUUCGCUGUCCGACCUAAACCUGGACUUUUUCCAUUUUGCCAGAAGCUAAAACGGCAAAAUAUUCAAGUUUGAGAGCUCGGGUGGUGGACUUAUAUGAAUCAAAUUGUCUCAUUUUGUACUUUGAUAGUACAAUUUUCAAACUUGCAUCCAUAUUAAAAUGUGGUUUUUAAAAAUAGUCUUCAUGCAAUCGAAAAUUCCAUUUUAAGAUACAUCAAAUUGUGAGUAUUUGAUAGUUCAUAAAACACCGUGCAAACAUCCACCCAACGAAUUCAAACAUUUUAAACCAUUUUUGUGCGCAAGCUAUAGUUUGGUGCCAUUUUUUUUUAUAUUUUCAGUGCCAGAAAUAUUAUUAAUUCGGAGCAACUUUUGACAUUUUUAAAAUUGUGCAAAAAGAAACGUUUUGUUCUUAUUAAAUUUGCAUUCUUUUUACACAAAAGGUUUUACAUUAUGGAAAGGUUGUUCUUUAUUUUAUAUGAAUAUUUUCAAUUUUUUUUCAUACGGUAAUACUAAAAACAUCAAUUCUUAUGCAAAAACACUGAAAUGGAAUUCAUUCUUCGGACUCGUGCUGUUUUCAUAAUAUUUGCACAACUCACUCGUGCAUGUUUGUUUCCAAAUUGCACUCGUCAGUAUAAGUAAGCCCAACCAGCGCGUCAGUAAAAGAAAAAUAAGGAAAAUACUUUUGGUGAUCACUUGCCACUUGGCAAUAUUUAUUAUUUAUAUAGUCCUCAAAAUGGCGGUGAAGAUUGUGAAGGGAGUUUCCGUGGUAAUUACAAGACAUGUAACACACAGGUACUGUAUGCUUCAAAUUUUAAAAGUAGCAUUCUUUCCUUCGAAAUGAACACAUGUUGAUAUUGUUGAAUAACUUCACCACUUUACCUCAUACAGGAAUGCCCAGAUAAUUCAGUUUCUUUCCGUCAAAUGCAAUGCUCAGCAAAAGGAGAAUACUCAGAAUAUAUUGCUUCUUCAGGUAAGGAAAUGCACGUCCAUCGAGUUGAAUUCAAAAGCAAAACUACGAAAGUAAUUAUUGGCCUUUGGCAUGGUAAGUUGUGUGAGUAAGCACUUUUCACUUCAGCACAUUUUACAAAUUCUGUUGCAGAUCCUUGUUCACUAGUGUGCAGAUCAGGCUCCAGGAUUUUCUGGUUAGGUACAACCAUAGAUGGAACAAGAUGUUCUAACAAAAAAGAAGACUUAAGUGUUUGUAUUGAAGGCCACUGCAAGGUAAUGGGCAUCGCUGUAUGCUUCUAUGUUUUGUUGGUUUCUGACGAUUUCUUUCGUUACUUUAACUGAAUCAGUCCGUACAAUAUUCCAAAAGGUUCAUUCGCGCUCAACCGUGUCCCCAUGCAAACCCUGCUUGGUAGUACGGCCCUUCGUAUACACCCUGACCACUGCAGAUUAAGCGGUGUUCAUAUCUUUAUCACUCUUUGUCUUUGUACCUGGUACCCAGAGAUUCUUGAAUACGGAGUUGUAUUCAAUGCACAAUGACAAAAGUGAUAAAAGACGUAAACAUGAUUCGUAUGGAACAUAAGAUUUUUCUGUUUCGUGUGCGCAGGAAGUAGGGUGUGACUACAGCCUUGGUACUGGAAGACGUUUCGAUCGUUGUAAAGUUUGUGGAGGAGAUGGCAGUUCAUGUGCAUUAAAUGUUGUCAACUACACCAAACCACAUCGGGGAUACGGUAAGAAAAUUGUAGUAGCUUAAUAAGAAUAACCGGAUGUUUUUAUAAAUUUAAUGACUCACAUCGAUUCCCUCCAUUUUGCAUUUUUGCGAACCUGUGUCAGGGGGCCAGGCUCCAGUGAAGCGCUCUCCAUCUAAAGGACUGUUCCCCUGCUUUAUCUUUAUCUCUUUAUCUUGUUCCAGUUCUCGUAGAACAAGCAGAAUCUCCAUGCCAAUUGCGCAAUGAAGAAUCGUGUUGGUUUUUCUCCCUUUUCAUGCCACAGUGCUCUACUUCGUACCAUAACACCCUCUGCUAGCUUCUUUGCCCAAAAUUUCCUUAUAGCAUUCUUUUACGUGCUUUAUGUCAAUUAGGUCUUAUUAAGAUUGCCACAUCUCUGGCGAAAGUUGAGCCAAAGCUCCAAUAGGCUUCGGUCUCCUCUGUUCGUCCUUGUCUGUAUUGAAACUUGGUUAAACAAUACAAUCCUUGAUGCAGAACUACUCACAGGUUUCAAUAUUUUUCGUCGGGACAGGACGGGGAGAAUUGGCGGUGGAGUUCUAAUCGCGAUUAAAGAAAACCGACAUGCUACUCGGCGUUGUGACUUCGAAAGAGAUGGUAUUGAACUUGCUGUAGUUCAACUCGAUCAGCAAUUCUUUAUGUGUAUUACCGUCCUCCCAACUCCUCUCCUGAUGCCGGUCUCAGUCUUCUAAACAACUCCAUAGCAACUAACCCGGAGACAUGUUGCAUAAUCCUAGUUGGUGACUUUAAUAUUCCUUCUAUCUCCUUGUCAGACAGCCCAUCAACUCCUAUUAACACUGGUGGAUGCUCUAAUGAUGAAAACCUUUGUGAACUUAUCGGCAAUAAUUUUCUGUAUCAGUUCGUGGAAGGUCCAACCCACCGUGCUGGAAAUAAGCUUGAUUUGCUGUUUUGUAAUCGUACCGAAACCCUGUCCGACGUACUAACUCUCUCCUGUGAUGAACAUAACUUUCCGACUGAUCACUAUACUAUUGAAUUCCUUAUUCGCACGAAGUUCAGAAAAGCAAAACCUGUGCGGCGAACAGUCUAUGAUUGCAACCGAGCUAUCUUUCCCGAACUUUGUAAAGCCUUGUCUCAAACAGAUCUUCAUGCAUCUCUUUUGGACAACAUUAAUGAUUGUUGGAAACAUUGGAAGGACUUAUUUUCAUCAGUUGUGUCAAGUUAA